CACCUUUUCACUAAAGCUCCCGGCCAGAGGAGCUGCAGUUCUCAGCUCCAGCUGCAGCUGCCCGGACACUCCACAAAGCAUCCUUGCCAUCGGGCUCCCGGCUUCCCCGAAGCGGCUGCACGACCCGACGUUGCCCCCGGCCUCGUCGGAGCUGGCAGGGGGGGCCAGGAGCUCCUCUGGGAGCUGGCGGGAGGGGGCCAGGAGCUCCUCCUCUGGGACUCGGCUUUGCUGGGCCCGGGGAAGGCUCGAGGCAGCCGGCAGGUCCCGGUCGCCGCCUGUCAGGGUCCUGCGGCCCAAGGGAAACUUUCUGUCACUCCUGCCCGACUGUGCCGAAGAUGGACACUGACCCUAAGUAGCAGGCCCGGCUCCUGGUCCUCCCUCAGACCGCAACAAGUCGCAACAUCAUGCCUCACCCUAGCAACUGAUUGGAGGUCUCUGGGCUGCAGCCCGGCGGGUGCAGGCGUCGGGAGCGGCUCAAAGCCUAGCGAUUGAUGCUGACCACUGAAUCCACCUAAAGAGGGACUCCUUCCCGCUCCCUUGUCCCACAGCGGGGCCAAUGGAGAACAAAGCCAUGUACCUGCACACGUUCAGCGACCGAGAGAACGGCUCCAUCUUUGAGGAGCCUUUCGAGGGGAGAAGCCUGUCCAAGCUGAACCUCUGUGAGGAUGGUCCUGGGCACCGGAGGCGGCCAGGAGGGCGAUGUGGCCAGAUUGGUUCCCUAGCAGCUCUGAAGUUUGCUGUGGUUGGGCUGUACCUGUUGGUCUUCCUGAUCCUCGUGGGUGUUUUCAUCUUGGCCGUCUCCAGGCCUCAGAGUUCCCCAGAUGACCUGAAGACCCUGACCUGGAAUGUAAACAGGUUGAACGAGAGCUUCCGGGACUUGCAGCUGAAGAUACUGCAACUGCCGUUCCACGGGGACACGAUGGAGCACAUCUGGAAGCUGCAGGACCUGCUGCAGAACCACUCGGACUCCCUGCUGCUGCUGACCGGCUCCCUGCAGCGUCUGGAGAACACACUGUGGAGCCUGCAGACUCAGGCAGGCCAGACCGAGCAGGCCGUCUCCCUCCUGCGCGACAGCACCAACCAGCAGAACGAUGCCACCCAGCUGGAGCUCUACCGGCUGCAGGUGGAGAGCAAUGGCAGCCAGCUGCUGCUGCGGCACCAUGUGGGGCUGUUGGCCGGGCUGUCCAGCCGGGUAGGUGCUCUGGGGGACCAGUUGGCCGACGUGAACGGGGCCCUUGGGGGCCUGAACCGGACCCUAUCCUAUGAUGUGGGCAUCCACCGCACUCGCCUCCAGGACCUGCAGGUGUUAGUCAGCAAUGCCAGUGAGGAUGCCCGGCGCAUGCGGCUGGUGCACAUUAGCAUGGAGCAGCAGCUGAAGUUCGAGCUGGCCUUGCUCAAUAAUGUGACCGAGGAGCUGCGGCUCAAAGACUGGGAGCACUCCAUGGCCCUGAGGAACAUUACUCUUAUGAGAGGACCCCCCGGACCGAAAGGUGAUCAAGGGCAUGAGGGGAUGGAAGGCGAGCCUGGCGUCCCCGGGUUGCCUGGCCUAACAGGUUUGCCUGGUGAGAGAGGAACUCCAGGACCACCUGGUCUGAAGGGGGAUGAAGGGGAGCUCGGAGCCCCAGGGAUCAUGGGCAUACGUGGUUUCAAAGGUGACCGGGGGUUGAAAGGAGAGAAAGGAGAGAAGGGUGAGAAAGCUGCUGACCCAGCAGCUGGGGUGGCAGACGUGACGAUCCGGCUGGUGAACGGCUCUGGGCCCCACGAAGGGCGCGUGGAGGUUUUGCAUGAUCGGCGCUGGGGGACGGUGUGUGAUGACGGCUGGGACAAGAAGGACGGGGAUGUGGUCUGCCGGAUGCUGGGCUACCGCGGGGUGGAGGAGGUGUACAGGACCGCCAAGUUCGGACAAGGCACUGGGAGGAUCUGGAUGGACGAUGUUGCCUGCAAGGGAACAGAAGAUACCAUCCUCCAGUGCAGUUUCUCCAGCUGGGGGAAGACGAACUGCGGGCACGCGGAGGACGCCGGGGUGACGUGUAACAGGCACUGAGCUGGGGUCAGGGCCUGCUGGCGUGAACACAAGAUGUCCAACGAAGCAGUGUAGCCUCCUC